CCGCUCUCGCUCGAUCGCUUCGCGCCACACAACAUUCACGAUGCAUAUGCAUGCAUGCAUGGUGCGUGCUUUUGCUGUGUAAGAUGGAUGCCCGGCGCGCGGCUCUUUGCAGAUCCAGACCGCCGCGGGCGGGCCUUGGAUGGUCUCGCGUCAAUCACGAAGGAGAGCCCUGCAUUCCCAGUCGAGUCGUGAGUCGUAAGUCGAGUCUCGACACACUCGUGACUCUACCACGAUCGCAGGUGCGAAUGAUCGCUUGGCUUGGCGGAGAUCGCGCUUGAGAGGUACGAUCGAUCCAUCACAUCCGGCCGCGCGCGCUGCGUGUAUGCGCCCACACAGCCAUCAUCGCGACCGACCGGCUCUCGCAAAGCUACGU